AUGGGCGCCAGCUGGUCAUCAGACCGCCCUGAGGAGCCCUCAUCCUCAGCUGCUGAUCUAGAACAGCCCCCCGAUCCACCCAGCCAGUCCAAAUACCCUCGCUGUUACGGGGAUGUGGUCCCUUUGCAUGCCAACCAAGACUGCAUCGUGGCCUUUCAACGAUGCGAGAAAGAAAAUCCCCGUGUCGAGCCCGAGGAGUGGUUUAUCAUUGCUGAGCGAAUCCCCCGGGUAUAUGAAUAUCUGGCACAUAGCACCAAUACACCGAAUGUGGAUGUAGACCAACCGAUUGAUCUUCACCCCCACAUCGUCAAAUAUCUUGGCCGUCUCCCUGUGGGAUAUCUGCUGGAGAAGCUGGACACUGGCCCACUCGGCGCUACGACUCUGCCGCUUCUGACCACCUUUCCUGCGUCGCGCACGUCUUCCGAUGACAAGGACUUCCCUGAUAAUGGAGAUAGAGAGCCCCUCCUCCUGCUGUACUAUCGCUGGGCACUGCAAUCGGUCGCCAUGCUAGCCUUCCUGCAUGAACAUGGGGUCUACCUAAUGGAUUUCAGCUCGAGCACGAUAUGGAUACGCGAUGAUCUCUCGAUUGCACUAUCAGGAUUUGUAAACGCAACCAUCCCGAUAGAUGAAUGGCCCUACUCUCCCGACGGGACGAGAUACGAAACAGAGAUCUACUACCUAACCAGUCCUGACAGUGGGCACCCAGAGCUCAGUCCGAAGAUCGAUCUCUCGGAUUGGGCGACCUUUGUCUAG